AUGGAUCUUGAAUGUCUUACUAUGUUUGAAAUAGAUGUAUCUAAUGAACGUGAUUCUCUUGAAGAAGAUCCAGAUGAUGAAUUAGAAUUUAAACGUUUGUAUGAUGAAGCAUUAAAAAAAAAUUUAAAACUUAAACAAGAAUUGAAAACAUUAAAAGAAUAUCAUCUAAUGAAUUCGUCAUGGGUAUGUGAAUUUUGUACUACGCUUAAUGAAUCUUAUAUUAAAACAUCAUGUGAUGUAUGUAAAAUAUGUGAAAGUGCAAGUCCAUUGAAACGUGGUAAAUAA